AUGAGUUGGAAGGUGAGACGUGCUUCGGCGAAAUGCAUCGAAGCAAUGAUUCUAUCGCGUCGUGAGGAAAUCGCUCAGUUUUUGGGUACACUCGGUGUGCUAUUAAUAAAUCGUUUCAAAGAACGAGAGGAGAAUGUUAAAUGGGAUAUAUUUCACGCGUAUACGGCUCUUUUGUCGCAGAUUCGAUCGCUUAUACCGAGUUUUUCAGCGAUUAGUUUGGUUCGUUUUUGA